AUGGACGACGGCCAUGACACUGAAAUGCUCCUUGCAAUGCUAUCUUCGAUGAUGGAAGGGCCUGUUCCUUCUCAAGAGGUGCUUCUACAAGCGCUCGUCGAUGCGGAUGGUGACAUUUCUGUCGCUGCGGCCGCACUCAAAGUCACGCAGAAGAAACAAGCUUCGACGAGUGCUAAUAAGCGGAAACGAGGGCUGGAAGGAUGGAUCGUGAGCAAACGGAAACCUGCAGAAGCGAAAAUCGGAUCGUCCACCCCGUCGGGAAGCUCCUUGCACACACAUAAAGACAUGGGUGUCGUCCCUUCAGACAGUGAAGAAGAUUCGGGUGCCGCUGAAAGUGUCAAAUUCGCCAAAGGAGAAGAUGGAGAUGCAAAGCCGUCCAAGGCUCGACAGGGUCCUCCUGUUUCUUUGAUGAGCGUGCUCAAACAAGCACCGUCGUCUCCAACUCGUCCCCCUAAACUUGUACCCCGAACAUUGGGUACGCCUGCCUUGGUUGCGCAGCAUACUCCUUGCACGAUGCAUCUCUCUGUGCUUCCACCAGAAUUGGCUUGUCGACUGUUUUACGUCAUGCUUCGUGAAGCUCAUGGAUGGUCCAGGAAUAAACUUGUGGAAAGUCCACACAAAACAUCUUUCUAUGCGCGGAAUCUCGAGGAGGACCUAGAGGGCAAUGAGAACAUGCAAGAAGCAGCAAAGUACUGGUAUAAUGGUCGCCCAACUGCGCCUCCUAGGCCGUUUCUACCCGAAAUGGAGGAAGCCUGUGAGAUUAUUGAACGUAUCGUCAACACCGAGAUCCUCAAACGAGAACGCUUAUACCCUCUUGAAUGGCCCACGACUCCUGAACGACCCUGGAGAGCAAACGUGGCGGCAGCCAACUGCUACACCGGAUCAAAGGAGACGGUGGGCUGGCAUUCGGAUCAGUUGACCUACCUCGGCCCAUGCCCUACAAUUGCAUCCCUCUCCCUCGGAACGACCCGCAAGUUUUCUCUGAGAGAGGUCGUACCAGAGUGGGAAAAGGGCGAGCGAAACGCACAGACGUUUCACGUCCCUGUCGUGCACAACAGUCUGCUCAUCAUGCAUGCAUCGUGUCAGGAGAGAUUCAAGCAUACCAUACCACCACAACAAACGAUCGACGCGUUCAAGCCACCCUUUCCUCCUCCAGUAUCCAUAGACGAAGACCAAAUGAUGCCGCCUACUACAUCCCGGAUCAACAUUACCUUUCGUUUCUAUCGACCAGACUUUGCGGCAAAGUCCAUACCGCGGUGCCAGUGCGACAUUCCAAUGAUCCUUCGUCCAGAUAUGAAAGGCAAACAGCGGGAUUCUUCGAUAGUCCCUCCAAGUAAUGGAAAAAUGGAGGACAGAGGCCUGUCGACAUGGGAGGAAAUGGCGCAAAUGCGCUACUUUUGGAUGUGUUAUUCAGGAGCUCAGAACGAAGGCAAGGCAUGCAAUGCAUUUCGCGUCCUUGACUUUACAAAAGAAGGUCGAGGUCUUCCGGAACUGGAGGAAGACGCACUGGAAGGGAACACACAUAUAUCUAGUUGA